AUGCCUGCCGAACAGCCCUCCGCCGAUGUACGUCGGAAAGCAGCCCGCGAGGUCAUCGAUAUCCUGCAUGAAAUCGCAACACUGCUUAACACCCAUCUCGACCGCCAACAGCUCUCCUACUGCGUGUCACUAAUUGAGAACGGCGCAAACCCCGAAGCAUUAGCGAAAGUCAUACAGCAGCUGCGCGAGGAGUACCCAGCAUCAUCCAUGGACGACGAUGCAGAAGAUCCCGCUGGCGCGCGUUGAAGAGACCGGAUCCGAGGGUCCUUCUGUACAGCCUCGUAUAUGCGCCUACAACAGUUUGCAAUGCUCGUGCGGAUGAGCUGUCCACCAUGUCGUUGAACAGCGAGCUUGUCAUCCUAUUUUCAACAACGCUGGAGAUGCGUGCGAGGUGGUGUCGUUAAUGUUCG